AUGUCUGAAGACGCCCUCGCACCCAGAGAAGAAGAGACCGAUGCCCACUUCGAGCCCGUCAUCAAGCUUACAGAGCAAGUAGAGACGAAGACAUUUGAGGAGGAUGAGGAUGUCUUGUUCAAGAUGCGCGCAAAGCUUUUCCGCUUCGCCACUGACAGCUCCGAAUGGAAGGAACGCGGUACUGGGGACGUCCGUCUGCUUCAGCAUAAGGAGACCAAGAAAAUCAGACUGGUGAUGAGGCGCGAUAAGACCCUCAAGGUCUGCGCGAACCACUUGAUCUCCUCUGAGAUGCGGCUACAGCCAAACAUUGGUUCCGACAGGAGUUGGGUCUGGAAGGUGGCUGCUGACUACUCUGAGAGCCCUCCAACGUCAGAGACGCUCGCAAUACGCUUUGCCAACGCCGAAAAUGCUAACCAGUUCAAGGCUGCGUUCGAGGAUGCCCAGCGACGGAACUCAGAUCUCUCGGGUGGCGCUGCAGGCGAGCCGGCUGCUGAGUCCAAGACCGAGGAGGCUAAGCCCGAGGAGAAGAAGCCCGAGGCUGAGGCUGAGGCAACUAAGGAAGAGAAGACUGAGGAGGCUCCCGCAGAAACAGAGAAGACCAAGGAGGAAGAGUCCAAAGACUAA